CAUCCCUUCUAGCUGACUUGGCUGUGGCAUGACGUCCAGGGAAGCGCCACCCAGCAGGUCUCGACUGUUGUGUGGAUAUGAGAGGAAGUUAGAUGUAUUAAUCUUGUAGUCACCCGGUGUACAGGCCACUGUACAGCAGCAUCCAUCUGAACGGGACUGCCCGGCCGGUCUGGUGGCUGCUGUCGGUACCUAGCUAACACUAACUGGCUAGCUAGCUAACCACAACCCGCUAACUUCACCAGUUUAAAGCGGUUUAAGGGACGAACAGUGUGGGGAAAGCGGGGCCUUUGGCCACUAACGUUACGACUCGGUUUACCGCUGCCCUGGAGAGCUUAACACCCCGUUUUUUUCCCGGAGCAACAUACUGCUGAGAUGGACAACCUAAGUGAAGCCCUGGAGAAGCUGAAGCUAGCGUCCACAGACAGAGCCACUGACAGCGUGGAGAGCUGUCUGGACUGCCUGCUGAAAGCACUCGCCAACAACAACACCGAGGCCAGUGUAAAGAUCCAGGAGAUGGGCAUUCUUCCCCUGCUUCCUACCCUGCUGACCCCCCAGUCCUCCUGCACCCCUAAAGUGGCCAACAUCAUAGCUGAGGUGGCCAAAAAUGAGUUCAUGCGGAGUCCUUGUGUUGAAGCCUGCCUCAUCCCUCCGCUCAUUCAGCUGUUAAACUCCAGCGACCAGGAGGUUUUACUGCAGACUGGCCGGGCUCUUGGCAACAUCUGCUAUGACAGCCAUGAGGGCAGGAGUGCAGUUGACCUGGCAGGAGGGGCUCAGAUAGUAGCUGAACACAUUAAAUCCCUCUUCCAAAAUACUGAGCCGGAAAAUGAGAAGCUCUUGACUGUCUUUUGUGGCAUGCUGAUGAACUAUAGCAAUGAUAAUGAUUCCUUACAAGCUCAGCUGAUCAACAUGGGUGUGAUUCCCACUCUGGUGAAGCUGCUCGCCAUCCAUUCCCACAACACAGCCCUGACAGAAAUGUGUCUAAUUGCCUUCGGGAAUUUGGCUGAGCUCGAGUCCAGCAAAGAGCAGUUUGCCUCCACCAAUAUUGCUGAAGAGCUGGUGCGUCUUUUCCAGAAGCAGACGGAGCAUGAGAAGAAGGAAAUGAUUUUUGAGGUUCUGGCUCCACUUGCAGAAAAUGAUUUAAUAAAGCUCCAGCUGGUGGAGGCAGGCUUGGUGGAGUGUCUCCUGGACGUUGUGGCUCAGACUGUAGAUGGAGAGAGGGAGGAGGACAUCGCCCAGCUCAAGACUGCCUCAGACCUCAUGGUUCUUCUGCUGCUGGGAGAUGAGUCCAUGCAGAAGCUGUUUGAGGGAGGAAAGGGCAGCGUCUUCCAGAGGGUCCUGUCCUGGAUACCAUCCCAUAACCAUCAGCUGCAGCUCGCUGGGGCUCUGGCCAUUGCUAAUUUUGCUCGCAACGAUGGGAAUUGCAUCCACAUGGUGGACACUGGGAUUGUGCAGAAGCUUCUGGAGCUGCUGGAUCGGCACGUUGAGGAAGGCAAUGUCACCGUUCAACACGCAGCGCUGAGCGCCCUGCGGAACCUGGCCAUACCCGUGGUAAACAAAUCCAAGAUGCUGUCAGCUGGAGUAGCGGACGUGGUGUUGAAGUUUUUGCAAUCAGAGAUGCCUCCAGUCCAGUUUAAACUCCUGGGGACGUUACGCAUGCUCAUCGAUACACAAGCUGAAGCCGCGGACCAGCUGGGAACCAAUGGGAAACUGGUGGAGAGGCUAGUGGAGUGGUGCGAAGCCAAAGAUCAUGCAGGGGUGAUGGGGGAGUCCAACAGGCUCCUGUCGGCCCUCAUUCGACACAGCAAGUCCAAGGAAGUCGUCAAAUCUGUCAUCCAGGGAGGAGGAGUCAAGCACUUAGUGACCAUGGCAACUAGUGAGCACAUGAUAAUGCAGAAUGAAGCACUGGUGGCUUUGGGUCUCAUAGCAGCGCUGGAUUUGGUUGCGGCUGAGAAGGACUUUGUCGGAGCCGACCUGGUGUCGGUGCUUCACAAGCUGCUGUCGGACGAGAGGAGUGCCCCAGAGAUCAAAUACAACUCUAUGAUCCUCAUAUGUUCAGUCAUGGGCUCAGAGCCUCUCCACAAAGAGGUCCAGAGCCUGGCGUUCAUCGACGUGGUGUCCAAGCUGCGGGCCCACGAAAACAAAACGGUAUCGCACCAGGCGUCGCUCACGGAGCAGCGACUAACCGCCCAGAGCUAAAUGACUGUGUCCAACCCCACCCACCUACACACCCACCCAAAUGCCUGCCUGACCAUCUGAUCACCUAAUGACACCUCAUGACUGCUCCCCCCCCCCCCCCCCCCGUGCCCCAUCGUCAUGUGCCAAGGUUCCAUGUCGCGUUAACUGCCAGCCAGCCAUAGUCAUGUCUCGGCCCCCAACCCUUAGCCCCGCCCAUCUCCACCAGGGUUAGACUGAUGUUGAUUUGGAAAGCCAAUCCCAUGCGCUUAUAUACAAAUUAGAAAUUACAUUUUGAAUAUGUAUUACAAAAAAUGAGAUCCUUGAU